UGGCAGGGCCAGCGAAUGAAUGGAGUGGUGAUAUGAAUGACGAGAGGGCUAGAGGGGUCCCAGACAGGGCCGGGGGCAGUACUUCUACCCCGAUUGGGGGCGGCAGUCAAGGGGGACACACGGCUGGCCUGGAUACUCCCCUCUCGUUUGUUUCUCCCCCACAGGACAUGGUGCCUACACCGCAGAGGACAGAGGGCCCGGGUACAACGGGAGUAGGACUAUCUGUACAGCCAGCAGGCGGAUCAGUGGCAGCUGCACCAGGAACAUCUACCCCGUCAACAUCGGCAGUUGUUGGCGGGGCAGGGAGGUCCAUAAGGCACCUAGUGAGGGCAUCCCUGGCGCAGAACACGUGGAGAGCUUAUUCACAGCACUGGGGCGAGUGGGUAAGUUACUGUUACGCACAAGGCGCAGCGCCGGAAAGGGUCUCGAGGGAUCUGUUCUUGGAGUGGCUGGCAGAGAAACAUGGGCAAGGGACUUCGAAGGGCGCUAUAUCCAAUAGAAUAGCUGCAAUCUCCUUCUUUUGCAAUAUGCUAGAGUGGCCCAAUAUCACGAAAGGUUUCCUGGUGAAGCAAGUGAUUAAGGGCUGGGGAAGGCUCGAGGGUAGAGCGAAAGAUGCGCGCGAACCUGUCACAUUUUGUAGGCUAGCCAGGCUGGUGGACGCAAUCGAGGGCAUUUGCGUCGAACCCGGCGAAAGAGAACUGUUUCAGUGCGUAUUCUCCUUGGCGUUCUUUGCGGCCCUCAGGCCGGGCGAGCUGGUCGCAACCUCAAAGGAUGCAAUUAACACGGGUAUGCAGUUGGCUCAUGUCAAACUGGCGGGCGAUAAUUUGUUAUUGUUUAUCCCGCACUCGAAGACUGACCAGGAGGGGAAAGGGGUGUGGAUCACUCUGACUCCCUCGGCAUCAGGCGUCUGCCCGGUUGUGAGUACAAGGGCCUACAUGGCGCAGCGACCACGGGCCCCCGCCCAGUUCUUAGUGCAUUCCGACGGUUCGAAUCUCUCCCGGUGCACAACAAUUGAUCAGUCAUUAAAAGUGGCUGGUUAUGGGCGGAGCCAGCAACUGAAGGAGCAAGACGUGUGGUUCUGGAGCUCGUGA